AUGCAGCAUUUCUAAUUGUGGCGAAGCUAUUCAAAGGCACUGAUUGUGAAAGUUGUCCCCAGUUCUCGCUGGAUACUCCAUCUCUGCACUACUACUUUCCACCAGUGAAGAAAGAGACUGAACUUAUCAGAAGAUCUUUGGGAAAAUGGCCCCUGGUGUUUCCAGUUGUCAUUAUCAAGAAAAUCCUCGCUCCAUCUCCUUCUCCGGAUCUGGAUUUCUGGCCACCUACCAGUUAGGGGUGGCCCAGUGCUUCCUAAAUCAUGCGCCCUGGAUACUACACAAUGCACCUUCUGUGCUUGGCGCGUCUGCUGGAUCUCUGGUAGCAGCUGCUGUGGUGUGUGAAAUUAACCUGAUUGCCAUGCGGGAUGAGAUCAUUCAUUUUGCCAAACAGGUGAAGGCUUCUACACUUGGACCGUUGAACCCCUCAGUCAAUCUUUUCCACUGUUUAGAGUGCAUUGUGAACAAAUAUCUUCCCCAUGAUGCUCACCAACUGACCGGUGGUCGUCUAGCCAUCGCUAUGACUCGCCUGACUGAUGGCAAGCACGUCGUCAUGACUGAGUUCCACUCCAAGGAAGAUAUAGUACAAGCUUUGCUCUGCAGCUGCUAUGUACCUGGGUACUGUGGUUUUCUGCCCCCAUCCUUCAAAGGAGUACGUUAUUUGGACGGAGCCUUUACCGGCAUGCAGCCUGUCCUGACUGUAUCCCCAUGUAACACACUGACGGUGUGUCCGUUCUCUGGAGAGACUGACAUCUGCCCGACUGACACACCUUGCAUGUGGGACGUGGUAACAAGUGGGAGCGUUCUCAAAGGCAACAUGGCGAACAGCUUAAGGGUCAUCAACGCCCUUUUCCCUGUGACUGUGGAGGCUCUGGAGCAAGCCUUCCACGGUGGCUACAAAGACGGCGUUAACUUCCUUCUGAGCAGUGGUGUGUCCCCACUUAGCUUUAAGCACAAUAAUGAAUGGAUGCACCCGGAGACCCCCAAAAAGCACGAAGAGGAGACCAUGGUGGAAAAGGAGCCCAUCAGUCUGACAUCAUUGACAGACAACACAUCCAAGCAGAUGGACAAGUCCAUGGAGCAGGAACUCACCAGAUAUCCUCUCCAUUUUGACAUGAUACAGAAUGGGUUGCUGAGUAAUAUGGUGACUUAUCUAAACAUGUUUGGGCUCCCUGCGAGAGUCUUGUCCUACCUUCUUCUGCCUCUCACGCUGCUGAUCAGUGUUGUACUCCAGAGCAGGCACAGACUGCAGCUUCUGUUCAGGCCUGAGCUGAUUGGCUGGACUUGGCACAGCAUCAGACUUUGUAUCUUAUUCUUUCUCACUACGGUUGUCUGUACCCUCAAGAAGAACAUACAGGACAGGGUCAUGCCCAUCAUCCUGAUGCUGCAGUGGCUGUCGACGCAGUUUGAAGCUACAGGAGGCCAGAAGCAGCCAUCACCUCAAAACAAGCUUUCCUCACAUUCAGAAGAUGUCAGGAGCAGGAGACUGCAGACUAAUAAGAUAAGAUAAGAUAAGAUAAGAUAAGAUAAGAUAAGAUAAGAUAAGAUAAGAUAAGAUAAGAUAAGAUAAGAUAAGAUAAGAUAAGAUAAGAUAAGAUAAGAUAAGAUAAGAUAAGAUAAGAUAAGAUAAUCCUUUAUUGAUCCCCAGAGGGGAAAUUCAGGUAUUGCAGCAGCACAGGGCAAGUACAAGGAUACAAGGGUAGUAGCAUGCAUUGGGUUCAAGAAUUACACAUAGUUUUAGGACAAACCAAAGGUGACGUAUAAUAAACAAAACAAAAUGGGGAAACAAUAAACUGACCAGUAGCAGCAAACAGUAUGAGGUAUUCACAAUGUCGAAAAAGAGUCAUCCAGGACAACUGAGCUAUGCAGUGCAGUGAAGUAAAGUGACAAUAAACUCUCUAUUUGCGGAUUACAAGAAUCCAAAGUUACAGUUUACGUCGAAAGCUGACCAACCGGAAAUGUAAACACCGUAUUCUUUGUACAGCUGGUCACAUGUAUAUUGUGAAAUAUCAAAGCCUCUAUGAGUGUACAUGCCCACUGACUGCACUGAAAAGUUGAAAGGAGUUUAUUCAAAGAGUUUAUUUUAUGCAAGCUAGUUAUGUAGUGCAGACCUCCACUGAGACCCGCUUCUAGCAGGACUGGUUCUGAUACAGUCAACAUUAUACUGAAUGUAUGGCUCAGUAGAGAGAUACAGACUGGUCUGAAGUCUGAAGGUGGCACAAGGUAUAAAGACAUUGAAAGUGAAAGCUGGACCUGAUGUGGUGCUAUUUGUAAUUUUUUGUCUAACCCGUAUGUUUAUUAACUCCUAUAACUGCUGACUUAUAAUAAGCUGACUGUAUAUUGUACGACGAUAUAACUAUAAUCUUUAAAUACAUUCUAUGCUACAUCCAUUAGAUAGUAUAAUCAGCACUAAGAAUCUUCCACAUAUUGUUGUGUCUGUUGCUUAAACACAAAAAGGCUUUGGCUCUGUGGUACAUUUUUUCCCUCUUUGACACUUUCAGCAUAAACUUUUCAUCAUUGGCUUUAACUUGACAUGACGUUUCACUUCCUUUUGCUGUGUUGUAGCACAUUUUAACCAAGUCCAAAGUGUUUUGAAUAUCUUUUGUGAAAUCAAUAAACAAUGCUGCUCUGA